AUUUUACAGGUUGAAUUGCUUCUGGAGCUCGAGGAAUCCCUCCCACAAUGGAUUUCAAAACGCGUGCAGAUCGGUAAAUAUGAAGAGUUUCCAAACAGAAAAUCCAAGCUACAAACCAGAGUAAGACAUUGCUGAAUAAUGAUUAGAGACUAUUCAAAAUGUUUUAUACAACAGCAAAUGUUCGGGCGUGCCGACUUAGGAAUGGACGAAGAUCAGUCUGUCAGUAAUGGGCCAUGGGCGAGUUCAGUUGGAAAGUGUCGAGUCCAUUCUACAGUUCAAAAAUAUGAAAUAACUUUAACUUAAGAGUACCUUGGCUAAAAAAGAGCUUAUGAUCAUGGAAUUCUACGCAUAAAAACAUGUUAAGGCACUCGUCGGACUGUGAAAUUAUAGAAUUUUUGUAUCACGCUUGAUGUUUAUUUACUAAAUUCAAUUUUGGUUAUUCUUCAUCACAUUAACAUUUCGGCCAAUCAAAGACGAUAUUUUAAAUUUUGAAUAUGAAACGUCCAUUGUAAGGAACAAGUUGGAUAAAGAUGCAUUGCUAUAUUCAUUUAUUCACUCAUCAUUCACUUAACCGAAUAUGAUUUCAUUUUUCAAGCUUUACGAGAAGAUCAUUGGGUUUGGAAAAGCAGAAAGUAAAGGAGAGGACGACGGCGUUCCUCCAGCCAUGGCGCAGAUUAUUGGCAGGAUGAUGGAGCAAGAUGCAAAGUGA